AGCAGCACACGGGUUCUAUCAGUCUGCGUCAUUACACGCGUAGGUUUCCUUACCAUCUUGUAUAACUUUCAAACCUUCGAGUUAGCCAAACUGUGAAACGGGAAAAAAACUUGACAACAAAACAUUCUCGUACCACUUCCGUGCUUCUAAAAAAUUUCCUUGGUUCCAACAAUGAUCCGAUUCAUUUUGUUGCAAAACAGGCAAGGCAAGACUCGUCUAGCCAAAUACUAUGUUCCUCUCGAGGAUUCCGAGAAGCACAAGGUCGAAUACGAGGUUCAUCGAUUGGUGGUUAACAGAGAUCCAAAAUUUACUAAUUUCGUUGAGUUCCGUACGCACAAGGUCAUCUACAGGCGGUAUGCUGGAUUGUUUUUCUCUUUAUGUGUGGACAUAACGGACAAUGAGUUGGCAUAUUUGGAGUGCAUCCAUUUAUUUGUGGAGAUAUUGGAUCAUUUUUUCAGCAACGUUUGUGAGCUUGACUUGGUUUUUAAUUUUCACAAGGUUUAUCUGAUACUUGAUGAAUUCAUUCUUGCUGGAGAGCUUCAAGAGACAAGCAAAAAGGCUAUCAUAGAGAGAAUGGGGGAGUUGGAGAAGCUAGAGUAAAGAUGAUUCUGCGUGAAAGAGAGUUGGUGUAAUUUGUGUCAAAUUUUCUCAAUCGUUGCUUCUUUUUGGUGUUAUUAUACUUUUUCACCUGUUUUGCACAGCCAAUUCUUCCUUUAUUAUUAGAAAACUGAAGUACAUAGUGUCCCAUUACUCUUCCCUUUCAGCUGUUUGUGCAAUGUUUAAUGGAGGCAUGGAAAAGAUAUUGUGCGAAAAAUGAGGAAGCUUCAAUUGUUUUCCAAUUU